UAUAAUAUUUAUUUCUAAAAUAUUAAAAUAAAAUGAUGUUACAUUAUAGAAAGGUAUAUAAUAAAAGUACAAAAAUUCAAAACUUGGAAAGCAAGAACCCUAACGGCUAUCUCCCCACCGCCUUUCCAUCUCCCAUUUGAUCUCCCAAAAAGGCAAAAACACCUUUUGACAGCCUAGACCGCCCCACUACCUCAUGAUUUAGUAUAUCAUUUAUAACUCCAUACUUGAAAGACACUAUUUUCAGUUCAGUAUAAAACUCGCAAAGCUUCCCACUCAAUACACAGGCUAUCAUCAUCUCCAUUCUUUCCUUCUUCAAACCAGAAAAUGGGUAAAAGAAGAAUACCGAUGUUGCAGAAAGUUUCAAAUCUCAUCAAACUCUCCAUUUUCAUAGCCAAAAUGAGGUUAAUCUAUCUCAAAAAAUCAACCAAACUCAACAAGUUUAAGUCUCUGAAGCACUACAACAGCUAUGGGUUCCUUCAAGAACACCAGUUCUCACCAUCAAGCACUCCCCUCAUUCGUUUUCAUCGCCGCAAAACAAAUGGAGUCCCGAUGUAUUCGAUUUGCUUUCUUUCGUGUUUUGGAGGGCGACAUCAUGGGGUGAUGGUGGAUGAGAAUUAUUCGUUUGAAUCUGCCAUUAUCCAAGUGGAGAGAGAAUGUGAAGAAGAAGAAGAAGAAGAAGAAUAUGAAGAAGAUUCAGUAGAUGAAAGGGCUGAGAAGUUUAUUGAGAGAUUUUAUGAGGAGAUGAAAAGGCAAAGGAGGGAGUCGGCUAAUUUUCCUCUCAAUAGGAUGCUGGAAUAUUGAGUUCAUCACUUCAAUUUUAUAUAUUUAUUUUAAAUUUUAAUUAUUUACUUUAUACUUCCACAAGAUAUUUUGGAAAUACCGGAGUAAGUGAGACUUGGUUUUCACGAGAGUCGUUUUUUGUCAUGUUUUAAUUGAUUCUUUUGAGUUCAUCACUUCAAUUUUAUUUAUUUAUUUAGAUAGUUGAUUUCGUUGUAUCUAUGAGGUCAUUAUAAAUUUCUAAUACCAUAAUAAUAAUAAAUCAUUUUUUA